AUGAAACUCGUUAGGUUUUUGAUGAAACUCAGCCACGAGACGGUGACAAUUGAGCUUAAAAAUGGCAGUAUCGUACAUGGCACGAUUACUGGUGUAGAUGUAGCAAUGAAUACGCAUCUCAAAGCAGUAAAAGUUACAUUGAAGAACAAAGAAGAGCUUCAACUGGAAACUUUAAGUAUACGCGGAAACAAUAUAAGGUACUAUUUGUUACCUGACAGUCUGCCUAUAGAAACUUUGUUGUUGGACGACGCGCCGAAAGGUCGUGGUAAACGCGAAGGAUUUCCGAGAGGCGGAGCUCGAGGCGGAAGAGGCAGAGGCCGUGGUGGUCGUGGUGGACCGAGAGGUGGUCGCGGAGGCCGUGGUCGUGGAAGACGAUAA